AUGAUGCUCCUAGUUAUCGAAAACUACGACUAUUUUCGGUCUCGGAUCUAUACGCCAGCUGAGUAUGACCGUGAUCAGAACGAAUGCUUCUGGACUUUUGGGGGAAAGAAAGUCCCAUACUCGAACAUCUUUCACUACUUCAGCACCCAGGCACGGGAACAGCGCCUGGUCCAAGAGAAAGCUCGAGACCCCGAGGUCCUUAUAACCUCCAUUCCCCGUUUUAGAAACCUGGAAACCGUGGAAAUGGUCUUCACAGAUGGUAUUCAAUCACCUUUUCGUUGGUUUGCUGGUCGCGUCCUGGACUGUAUGCACGCCCUUACCGAACAUCUGGUGAAAAUGGUAGCAGCCAUGAUGGUUGCCAAACUGGAUGGUGUCACAAUAAGGGCAUUUACAAUAUCUGGGUUUUACUCUCGGCUCGAGCCAGCCGACCCGUUUUUACUGGAUUGGGUGGGUCACGCGCUCAGCCACGUUGAAGAGCUUAAGGCCAUCAAUAGCCCUACAAUCUUGGAGUUACUAGGCCAAGUUUCUCUCCCUUCUCUGCGGCGGUUCGAGCUGGCAAGCUGCUGGCUAUCCUUAGAGAAUCUGGAGGAAUUUGUCCGGAAACAGGCGGCCUCCUUGCGCUUUCUCCACCUAGAAGAUACGUGGUUACUCCACGAGAAGAUCAACGAGGAUGGAAUUUUUCUAUCAAUGGCGAAUGCACAGUCCAUAUUCAAUAAUCUGAAAGUCAUUUGGAAUAUCGGCAUCCUUGACGAGCUCACGAUCAAUCGUCGGCCUGGUGGAUUGUAUGAGGCGCAGGCACGGGCCUGUUCCUAG